AUGUGGUCCCGCGAAUACUCCAACAUAACUCAGAUUUAUUUCAGGUGUAGUCUGUGUACAGCCGGUUGGGAUCAGCUGGAGAUGGGCCAGUUCCGAUUGCAUUCGUCUUCGUUUGGAACGGAUGAUUUCAUGUUGUUCAUGAGAUUCCUACUCGACAGAGUCGUUCCUUCCUUCCAGAGAAACCAGAGUAACGACGACGAAUGGCUCAUGGACACUAUUGAAACGUUGUACGCGGGACGACUGCGAGACGAUAGCGGAAGUAAAAACGAGUCGGAGAAGAAUUUGGACGUUAUGGAGAAGUGGCGUCGUGCUCUGGCCCAUGUUGCCAACUACUGCAUUGAGAACCGCAUGAAAACCCCACUAGGAAAACCAAUGGACACCUUCAACAAACUCGGAGGUGAACUCCUACGGUUGGCUAAAGAGGUCAUUUCGGGGAUUCCCACUCCACCCGUCACCAAAGCUCCAACUCACAGUCGGACUGGAGGAACAUCCACAAGAGAUAAAGGAGGGAAGGAUGAUGAAGAUGCUGUGGAUAUUACUGAGCCGAGGUCAAUUUCUCCAGCAGAAGAGUGGUGGCGUGUCCGGUGCCUUCUUGAGUUUGUUGAGAUUUUCGAAAAGCUCAUGUAUUACGUGAAUAACGGGACCAUGUUUCCAAUAUGCAACGUCUCAGUUGUAAGUUUUUCUCCUAUUGCCGAAUCCAUAGGCUUACAUGCAUGA